UUAUCUUUGUUAUGUAACACAGUAAGUGGCACAGUCGAUCAAUAUACGGAUGAGUAUGCACAUGCCAGGUAUUUGCCCCUACUUUCGAUUUAGAAUAUAAAUAUACGGAGGUAAAUUUGUUAGAAUUUGCACAAACAUGUCUGUCAAACAAUACUUAUGCGGCCCCUGUUUGGAGGAGAAAGCCGAAAUAGAGGGCGUUGUGAAUUGCAAAGAAUGUGAUGAACCACUUUGUGGUCAGUGUAAACAGGAUCAUGUAAAGAUAAAGGUUUCCAAGCACCACACGUUGUGUGACAUUGCGGAUGUACCUCCCGAGGAGAUAAAGGAACUUCUGAAGAGCUUGCUUGCAUGCCCUAAUCACGAAAAGGAAGAAGUGGUAUACCUGUGUAAAGACCACGAUAUGACCUGUUGUAAUAAGUGUGCUAUGGCUGAUCACAGAAAGUGCGAGGUAGUAAAGGUACUUUCUGAUAUUUUGAAUGAUAUAAAAGAAGAUUGUUCCGGAUUAAAGACAGUGUUGCAUGACUUUCAACAGCAAGGUGAGCGUCUUUUAGAACAUGAACGCAACCACGAAGCAUUGGUUUUUGAAAUAGAAAAUCAAGCGUUGGCUUCACUCCAAACCAUUAAGCAGAAACUCUUAGACAUAUACGCGCACCUUGAGAAUGAAGUGCUAUCAGCUAUUGCUGAUAAGAAAAAAGAGAUAGGAGAAAAAAUCAAAACAAACAACGAAAAGGCACGUCAGUUUUUGAAUGACAUUAAACAGCAGUCAACUUAUAUUGAACUGGUUCAGAAAUUUGGAAUGAAUGAACACGUUGUUCUCCUGCAGAGGCGCCUUAAAAAGAAUUUGGUUUGCCGUAUGAAAUCAGCCAUAUGUGAAUUGGAGAAAAGUAGAAGCAAAUCUAGCUUUAAAUGUGUUGAGGAUACCUCUUUCGAUAGUUUAUUGAUAGAAGUGAAGAAUUCCUUGCGAAUUGAAAACUUCACAUGUGAUGUAACAGAGACAGGCUCCGAUACUGAUAAUAGUCAAUAUAAGCCAUACACGGAGCGAAUUUUACAGCUUCAAUGUACUAAAGAUUUAAGUACUAUGCCCUUGUUUAACAAGGAAAAACGUCCCUAUGCGAAUUCAUGUAUAUGGAUAGAUAAGUACAUCGUGCUAGCUUUACGCUUAGUAAAUGCGUUACUAGUGAUUGAGGAAUACAGUGAUUUUACGGCAUCGGACCUAACUCUGUCAGUCGUAAAAAAGUUCCGACUGAGAAUUUACCUCAGCGCAGAGUUCUUCCAAAACAUGAGAGAAUGGAGCGUACCAUAUGACAGCCCAUUCCAGAAAAUAUUUCAGUCACCUCUGCCCUACAUUUGCAUUCCCUCCAAUUGUACGCUGCCGCUGAGAGACGCAACGUGGUACUCGAGCACGCGCGGCACGUGGAAGGUCUAUACUUUCUUUGGAGUGACGACGGUCGCUUACAUCGAGGCGGACAUUUCUCCUUACUCCAAAACCGCCAAUCUUCCGUGCUCGGAGGCCACGGUGGCCACCACGUGCCCGGAUGUGAUACUCGGAAACUACCGUAUUGAUUACGAGAUUACCGUGACGUCAUCGUCAACAGCACACCAGACUCGUGCUCAAACAAGACUUUAA